CAAGCAACUUGGACUUUGCUUGCCAAAUUGAAACCUGACUAGUGCCGCAUGGAUCGCGACCGCGACGGGCGUGGCGGUGGAAAUAGGGUUCGCGACAGUCGUAGCCGCACUUCUAUGGGACACGACUAUGGUGAUGAAUAUCAUCGAAGGCGUGAGCGUCCUCAUCAUGGUGACACUCACGAACGCGAACGCGGCCGAAGUCCCGAAAGUAAAAGAUCGCGUUACCACCAUCGCCAUCACAGUCCUUCCGCGCGGGACCGCUCACACAGCCGCUCGCGUACUACCACCAAAGAGAACGAACAAGAGAGCAGCUUGAGGUAUAAAGACCGAGGCCAAUCCCCUUCACGUCGCCACUCUUAUCAUGAAAGGGAAAGCCGUGGAAAGGCCGCUGAUCGUCAUCAUCGCCGUUCACGCUCCAACCGUCCGCCUUCCCUUUCCGGUUCAUCGUCUGAGUCAGAAUCAACUGAGUCUUCUGGCCAUCGCCAUCGCCAUCCUGCCUCUAGUAGUCGGGAUGAUGAACGUUCACGCGCCCGUCGGCAUGGUUCUGACCAUCGCAAAAGAGGAAGAACUGGCACCAGCAGUCGCAGCAGCAGUCGCAGUCGCAGUCACGAGCGCCAUCACCGACACUCAGAUGCCAAGAGGAGAAAAAGUGACCAUCACAGGGACAGGGAAAAAGACAGGAAGCGUGACAAAGAACGGAGGUCCCCGAAGGCACAGGAAAGGCGGAGUGUUCUGACAGGGAAAAGAAUCAAACUCAGGCCACCUAAAGAUAACAUGGAGGAAGCGCGCGCGAACCUCCUCCAGUUUCUCAAUUCUACAGCGGAAGGCUAAGAUCAUUUCUAUCUUCCAAUAGUGAGCUGGGUCCUGCCUAGAGAUUAGUGAUCGUUUUGAGAACAAUGAGGCUCACGAUUACAAGAGCGUUAAUGAUAUUGUUUGGACUUCACCCUCAAUCACACUAGAUGCUUCUGAGCAUGCCACUUCCGCCUCCCGGUCACCCCUUGUUGUCGUUUAUACCUUGCUAACUCAUUGGACCAGUUAUUUCUGCUGCCUCCAGCCCUGAAUGACAACACAGAGUGCCUCCAGUUAUCCGUCUGGCUGCCGUUCCCUGUAGUCGAAUCGUUUGGAACACUCUCGGUACUGCUUUGUCUUGUGAAGAAUGCUGGCGGCAUACUUCCCACUUGUUCUGACACAAGAAUCAACAAUCCAGGUUCUAGCCUAGCUAUGAUUACAAUAUCUCUACUCAUCCUUGCAAUCCACGUCCGCGUUUUCUG